UUUGUCAUUUUGGCCUGAGGCUGCGGUGUGUCUGGCACAGAGACAAGCCGUUUCUUUAGGGUUUUCUUCUCUUCUUCCUCCAUUUCAUUAUAGUAAUUGACUAAUGGCGUCCUCCAUGACUGUACGCAUUGAUAAUCCGUCCUCUUCUGUACGGAGUAGUAAUCCAUACCACAGAUUCUUGAUCCCAGAGAUGGGAACCUAUUUCGAUACUGUGCGCAGAAACAGUGUCCGCCUCAGUGCCACUAUUGCUGACGUGUCCCGCUCUGAGAUAGAGGGAAAACAUGACACAGAUACUUAUAGAGCCUUGAUGGAUAUGUUGACAAGUGCCGCUGACAACUUGACUAUGACUGAUAAAGUGACGAACCUCUGGCAGGAAAUUUACUAUAAGCCCUUCGAUUAUACUGGGAGAGAGACUAUUCAACUAAGAAGCUCCGACAGGGAGGUGCUGGAGAUUGACAAGAGUCUUGCUAAAUCAGGAUCUGGGGUUUUGAAGGACGCCAUUGAGUUACUCCCUGACACGCAUGAAGUGGCUACUAAUGUCGUCUCCGCCGAGGUGCUCAAAGAGGUCAUCCUCUUCUUGGAGAAGAAACGUGAUUUCCAGCAGGCCCUCAAAGUCGACAACAAAGUUGUUGACGGGUAUAAGUCCUGGUCCAAAUACUUCAUCAACCGCAACGCUGACAUUCUACCCGAAUUGUAUAAGGCUGCAAAAGAUCUCCGUAUCUCAAGCUUGUUGGCUUUGACAAAUAAGAGGGCUGCUAAAAAACUCCUGAUCCCAACCAAGGAGCUGAAGGGCCCCAAUGACUGUUUGAACCGACAAAUGUUCCAUUAUUUUAUCUGUGUGGCUAGUGACAAGACACACAGAGAGACCAUUCUGACUGAAUUGGACAAUAUCCGUGAUGACUCAACUAGAGGCUCAGACAUGGUAGUUGCCUGUAAAGAAUUAAGACAAUGGCUCACCAAAGUUGGUAACUCGGCCAAGCCCCUUUACGAAGAUUUCGAGAGUCUCAUGGAAUCUCAUCCCUUCCAAGAACUCUGCCUUUCUCUGUAUCAAAACAUACCUCCCGAGAAGGACCAUAUUUGCUUAAGAAGCUGCGAUGGAUCUGAGCUGAAGAUGGACAAGAGUCUUGCUACUGCUGAAUCCCGGUUUUUGCAAGACCGCAUUGAUUCUAAUCCUGAUUUGCAUGAGGUCGAGGUGCCCGUUGAUAGAGACAUUCUUUCACAAGUCAUCGACUUCUGUAAGAAGAAAUGGGAUUUUUCUGGGGCACUGGUGAGUCAUUUCAAGAGAUGGGCCACUUUCUUCUUGGAGCGUAACAGAAAUAUUCUUUCCAAUUUGAAUGUGGCUGCCGACUAUCUCUUCAUCCCGAGCUUGUUGGAGUUGACAACAAAUGCAUUGGCAAAUUCUGUGCAAACGAAGCUUCACCCCACGGCGGUGUGGACAACAAUCCUUUUAAAGGACUACUUGACUAGUCAUCAUCCGAUGUAUCUUUGUUAGAUUUUAUUCGUUUCUUGAUAGCAAUGCAUGAUGAGCUUGUUUGGAUAAUGCUUUCCUCAUCAAGGUUUGUGGUUAAUGGAGCAUAGACUCUAGAAGUUUAAACGAUGAGGUCCAUAUAGAUUUUUUUUACUAGUGUUUAAUUUUCUAAGGCAUUAAGUUGAUUGAUGUUGCUCACUACCUCUAAAGAUGAAUGGGGCUACUCAUUCAUGGUAGAUGCUUUGCCCCCUCAUGCUCAUUUACAGAUUACAUUACAGUAAGAUAAAUCAAAGUGAUUUUAAUUUUA